CCCAGACCGGAAGUUUUUGUGAUUGCCAAAGAAGACUACGUAGUCGUGUGGGAGGGGAGAGGAUUGCCUUUCCCCCACCCCAGGGAAGCUGGAUACUUUGUUCCUCAGGGGGCGGGGCUCCUUUGGGGAGCUGCACGUUCGCACGUGUAUCUCCUCGCUGGCUUGUUUGGCCGGAGGUGUGAUGGAAAAGGACCUCGUUUGGGCUCCGAUUUCCUCCAUUGGGAACCAGGCCUCCACCCCCUCCCUUCUGUCUUCUCCGCGGGCUCCUCUAAUCUUCCCCUCUCUCCUCAGGCGGAUGUAGAAUCCCCCCUCUCAGAAUAAGAGCUGCUUGUCCCUUGAGGUUUGGGGAAGAGGACCAGAGAUGCCCCAGGCUCCUUUUGGAAGUCAUACUUAUGCUCCUGAAUGAUCUUUUGGGGGUGCUUCCCCAGAGCUACCCCCAAGAAUGCUCAUUUGAAUGGAUUCCCUCAGAUGCUCUGAGAGGUUUCAGGGACAGAUAUAAGGGACAUGAGAGACCAAGGUGGGCCCCCACCAACUCGUGCUGGGGGGGAGGACUCAGGCCCCGUUAGUGAGCACAGUCCACCUGGAAUGGAAAAUGGAGGAAAAAGCAUUCACUAGGUGCCUACUUUACAAAUAUAUCACAUUUGAACCUCCUGGUCUUGGAAACCAGUGUAAAAUACUGUGAUUUCUGGGAAUUCAAUUCAGCAAGUAUUUAUUAUUCGCCUACUGUGUACAAGGUUCUGGAAUACCAAAAAUUGAAUCAGGAGCUUAAAUUCUGCUGGAGAAGUAGGGAGUGGAGGCCCAGGGCAGCAUGACGACCGAGACCUUUGUGAAAGAUAUCAAGCCUGGACUUAAGAAUCUGAACCUCAUCUUCAUUGUGCUAGAGACAGGCCGAGUGACCAAGACAAAAGAUGGACACGAGGUGAGGACCUGCAAAGUAGCAGACAAAACAGGGAGCAUCAAUAUAUCUGUUUGGGAUGAUGUUGGCAACCUGAUCCAGCCUGGGGACAUUAUUCGACUCACCAAGGGGUACGCUUCAGUAUUUAAAGGCUGUCUGACACUCUACACUGGCCGUGGGGGUGAUCUGCAGAAGAUUGGAGAAUUCUGUAUGGUCUAUUCUGAGGUCCCCAACUUCAGUGAGCCAAAUCCUGAGUACAGUGCCCAGCAGCUCCCCAACAAAACGGUACAGAAUGACAGUACCUCUGCCACUUCCCAGGCUCCAGCUGGCCCUCCUGCUGUGUCUCCAGCCUCUGAGAGUCAGAAUGGAAACGGCCUAACCACCCCCACCGGCCCAGGCAGCGGCCCCCACGCACCCCACGCACCCCCGCAUCCCAUCAGCACCCGGAUUACUCGGAGUCAGCCCAGCCACACAGCUGCCGGCCCUCCGGGCCCCUCCAACCCCGUCAGCAACGGCAAAGAGACGCGGCGGAGCAGCAAGAGAUAGCAGGACGCCCUUCCUUCCUUCUGCCUUGCCCGGGGCGGCUCUCGCGCAUCUCCCCGCCAGGAAUUGGCGUGGCGUAGGAUGUGGGGGGCAUCUCGGCCUCCAGCGUGGAGGUGGCGCACGGGGGCAUCGUCCCGCCCCCUCAGGCCUUAGGCUGCCCCCGCUCCAGAGCGAAUGUUUGUCUGCUGCCCCUUCACUCUGGGCACUCCAGGCCUCCUGCCAUUUUUAGAAACCAGACCUGGGGUGAGUAUCGAGUGUGAUGUGGGGGGCUGAUGCCGCUCUCCCCUAAUAAAUGCUUACCCUACCUGCA